CCGGCCGGGAGGGGGGAGGGCAGUCUCCGAGUUUCGGAGGGGCUCGGAGAGAGUGGACGCACUCUGGAAUUGUAGGAGGACGAGGCUCAGCUCUUGCCAGGCCAACUUGAGACAUGUCUGACACAAGCGAGACUGGUACGGGUCCAACCCGCUCCCAGGCUGAAACUUCAGAAAAGGAAAGCGACUUGAAGGAGCAGACCGAAUUGACAGUGACCCAGAACUCGGAGGUCUCAGAGACACCAAAGGCUUCAGAGGCACCAGAGGUCUCUGAGGCCGAGAAUGUCUCAGAAGCUGCAGGGGUCUCAAAGGCCGCAGAGGUCUCAAAGACCCCAGAAGCUCCUGAGGCAGCUGACACUAAGGAGUCAUCUACCACUAAGCUGACUGAUACCCAGAGUUUGGCAGCUGAAAAGAAGAGUCCAGCAGCUGACACCAAGGUGCAGAAGGCUGACCCUCAGGCUGUGACAGCUCCUGCCACUGAGACCAAAAAGGUCAGCGGUGUGGAUGAUACUAAGGUCAAUACAAAGGCCCAGGAGACUGAGGCUGAUGCCUCUCAGGCUCCGAAGGCAGAUGAACCUGAGCCUGAGGGCACAGUAGCCCAGGCUCAGGAGAAUCAGGAUACUCGGCCCAAGGUCAAGGCCAAGAAAGCCCGAAAGGUGAAGCAUCUGAAUGGGGAAGAGGAGGGCAGCAGUGAUCAGAGUCAGGCUUCUGGAACCACAGGUGGCCGAAGGGUCUCAAAGGCCCUAAUGGCCUCCAUGGCCCGCAGGGCUUCAAGGGGCCCCAUAGCCUUUUGGGCCCGCAGGGCAUCAAGGACUCGCUUGGCUGCUUGGGCCCGGAGAGCUUUGCUCUCCCUGAGGUCGCCUAAGGCCCGUAGGGGCAAGGCUCGCCGCAGAGCUGCCAAGCUCCAGGCAUCCGAAGAGCCUGAAGCACCACCAUCUCGGGAUGUGGCCCUUUUGCAAGGGAGGGCAAACGAGUUGGUGAAGUACCUGUUGGCUAAAGACCAGACAAAGAUUCCUAUCAAGCGCGCAGACAUGCUGAAGGACAUCAUCAAAGAAUACACUGAUGUGUACCCUGAAAUCAUUGAACGAGCAGGCUAUUCCUUGGAGAAGGUAUUUGGGAUCCAAUUGAAGGAAAUUGAUAAGAAUGACCACUUGUACAUUCUUCUCAGCACCUUGGAACCCACUGAUGCAGGCAUACUGGGAACAACCAAGGACUCCCCCAAGCUGGCCUUUGGCAAGAGAGGAUGGUCCCAGGAUCGCAUCAGCCUGGUGUCUAUGGUGCUUCCUUGUGCCAGAAAUCUCUCUUCCACGUUGGAAACACCUCUGCACACAUCUGGGAAGUGCUAUGGCCCCGUUUUAUUUAUUGUUUCAUUCAUUCAUUUUAUCUAUUUAUCUUUCUUUGCUGUCAGUAUACAUCACUCACUUUUUGGGGACGUGAAGAAGCUCAUUACCGAUGAGUUUGUGAAGCAGAAGUACCUGGACUAUGCCCGAGUCCCUAACAGCAAUCCCCCUGAGUAUGAGUUCUUCUGGGGCCUGCGCUCCUACCAUGAGACCAGCAAGAUGAAAGUCCUCAAGUUUGCCUGCAAGGUACAAAAGAAGGAUCCCAAGGAAUGGGCAGCUCAGUACCGAGAGGCGAUGGAAGCAGAUAUUAAGGCUGCAGCUGAGGCUGCAGCUGAAGCCAAGGCUAGAGCUGAGAUUAGAGCUCGUAUGGGCAUUGGGCUUGGCUCUGAGAAUGCUGCUGGGCCCUGCAACUGGGACGAAGCUGAUAUUGGACCCUGGGCCAAAGCCCGGAUCCAGGCGGGAGCUGAAGCUAAAGCCAAAGCCCAAGAGAGUGGUGGUGCCAGCACUGGUGCCAGUGCCGGUGCCAGUGCUGGUGCCAGCGCUAGCGCCGGCGCCAGUGCCAGCGCCAGUGGCAGCUUCGGUGCCAGUGCCAGCCUGCCCACCACUCUCACGUUUGGGCUCUUCUCUGGCCUCAGUGGAACUGGUGCCAACAGCAGUGGUAGCUCUGGUGCCUGUGGUUUUUCCUACAAGUGAGAUUUCAGGUAUAUGUUUAGAUUCAGUGAGGGCAGCCAGGGCUCUUGGGGAUGGGAUGAGCUGGGUGGUUAUAGGAAGGCCAAGGUCGGAGGACCAUACAGAGAGUGUGGAAAAAUACUGCUUUUGACAUUGUAUUCCUGUUUGGUGGCUAUCAGUUGACUUUCUAAUUUUCUUUUACUUGUGAUUUCAGAUAUUGCUAAUCCCAGCAGCUCUUUCUCUUCAUGCCAGGGUGCGUCCUCAGACAUGUACUCAACACAGCACUCUAGGCAGCCACUAUCAAUCAAUUGAAUUUGACACACUAUAUUAAAUCUAUUUGCCAUUUCUGA